GCAAACUGCAGUCUCUCGUCAGCGUCGCUCUGCUGUCUGUUCCGUCAAAUAAAUACAACGAUGGUGUCAGUCACCACGUCCUCGGUGCUGCUGCUCUAAAAGUACACCUCCCAACACACCAAGGAGCGCUGGAUAGUGUGUUUAACUAUAUCUUUGGCGAGCUGUAAGUGGUCUGACACUCUAAACAAGUGGAGGAGUGGACCGGAAGCACUGCGAUGCCGCUGCUGUUUCUGGAGAGGUUCCCCUGGCCCAGUCUGCAGACCUACACUGCACUAAGUGUGGCCCUGCUGGCUGGGAGCAUCUUCAGUGCCUACACCACUGUGACUGACCCUGGGUUUGGGUCUUUAGAAACUGACGAAUCACCACCUCCCUCUGGAGUGGAUAUUGAACACAUAAACAAUGAGAUUAGUAACACAGAAUUGGCCACGACUGUCCUGUGGUAUCUUGUCACUGACAGUCUCUUUGUGUGGGUGCUGGUGAACACAUUCUGCUGUUCCUUGAUGUUGAUUGCUAAAAUGAUUCAGUAUGUGAUGUUUGGUCCACUCAGAGUCAGCGAGAAGCAGCACCUGAAGGACAAGUUUUGGAACUUCAUCUUCUACAAGUUCAUUUUCAUCUUCGGCGUGUUGAACGUGCAGACAGUGGAGGAGGUGGUCAUGUGGUGUUUGUGGUUCUCUGCAUUGGUCUUUCUCCAUCUCAUGGUUCAGCUCUGCAAAGACCGUUUCGAAUAUCUGUCUUUUUCCCCGUCCACUCCUAUGAACAGCCAUGUGCGAGUGCUGUGUCUGCUGGUCUCUCUGCUCCUGGGCUGCUGCGGCCUGGCGGUGGUGUGCGGUCUGCUGGGAGCUUCCCACGGCAUGCACACCCUCUCCUUCAUGGCAGCAGAGUGUCUGCUGGUGACGGUGCGCACCGGGCAUGUCAUCGUACGGUACUCCAUCCAUCUGUGGGAUCUAAACCACCCGGGAACUUGGGAGAGUAAAGGAACAUAUGUCUACUACACAGACUUCGUCAUGGAGCUGGCCAUGCUCUUCCUCGACCUCAUGCACCACAUUCACAUGCUGCUUUUCGGUAACAUCUGGCUGUCCAUGGCGAGCUUGGUCAUCUUCAUGCAGCUGCGGUAUCUUUUCCACGAGGUGCAGCGUCGCGUCCGCCGACACAAGAACUAUCUCCGGGUUAUCAACAACAUGGAAGCAAGAUUUGCUGUUGCGACUGCAGAGGAGCUCGCUGCUAAUGAUGACGAUUGUGCCAUCUGUUGGGACGCCAUGUUGACAGCACGGAAACUACCCUGUGGCCAUCUCUUUCACAACUCUUGUCUGCGCUCGUGGCUGGAGCAGGACACGUCGUGUCCCACGUGUCGGACGUCGCUGAACAUCAACGGGGAAGGGAGCCAGGCCCGAAGCCAGCAGCAGGGCGGUGGUUUGGAAGACAACAUGGGCCCAGCUGGAGCCACUCCAGAGGCUCGACCACACAUAAACCAGCACAAUCACUUCUUCCACUUCGACGGCUCUCGCAUUGCCAGCUGGCUGCCCAGUUUCUCAGUGGAGGUAAUGCACACGACUAAUAUCUUGGGCAUUGCUCAGGCCAACAACUCCCAACUUAUGGCUAUGGCCCAUCAGAUCCAGGAGAUGUUCCCUCAGGUGCCGUCCUACCUGGUGUUGCAGGACCUGCAGCUGACCCGCUCUGUGGAGGUCACCACUGACAACAUCCUGGAGGGACGCAUCCAGGUGCCCUUCCCGGCACAGGCCAUCGAGCGCGGCCCCCUGCAGGUCAGCGCUGCGGCAGAGGAGCAGGCGGGGCCCAGCGGAGCUGCUGAGGCGGGUCUCAUCGAGCCCGACAACAUGGAGGCCAGAGGAGGUCGCUUCUCAAAGUCUGCCGAGGAGCGGCAGAAGAUGCUAAAGCAAAGGAAGGAAGAGCUGCUUCAACAAGCACGCAGGAAGUACCUGAACAAGAGUGCAGAGGAUCAGGAUGAGGAUCUGCCUGGACUGGAGGAGGACACGCUCCCCGACCUGGACUCUAGUGUGCUGAGACGUCGAACCAUGGCGGCGGCCGCAGAGAGACGCAUGCAGAACCAGCAGGACCCCGCUCCUUGAUUUAAAGUCCGGUGUAGUUGAAGAGUCUGGGAGUCCCAAGAGACACUGACAGAGCUAUUUCAACCUUCCCCCCAUUUGGUGUAGACGGCGGUCACCAUCUAUUUAAAACUGUAAUUUAAAAGCAUCGCAGACAUGACUUUUGGACUGUUUUUGGGCUGCCUACAAAAAAAAAAGGUGAGACUAAUGUAAAUGGCCUCUGCAUCACUGAUUCCAGUAUUUUAAGCAUCAUAUUAACUAGUGGGUGCAAGUAAAGAAGAAUGCAAGGUUGCAUUGCCCAUUAUCUAUGUGCCACACUGUGCAACCACCCGAUUAUAUAGACUGUCACUGUCUCAUGAUUCAAACUGGCUGUCAAACCGCAGCAUGCUUUGACGUUCGGAAGAUUCAGAGGAUUGCAAGCAAGCAGUUAUGUUGUCAAAAGGUCCUGAAGGUGAGAAGGUGUCAUUACACAAUGAAAACGACUCUUUUGUUUCUUUUAUCAGACGUUUCUUGCUUCGCUCAUGGCAGAAAACCUCCUAUUCAUUAAGGAGCAGCUCAUCUGUUGUAUCUGUAUUCUUUCUUUUCAACUGUGAAUUAAGUGUAGGAAAUAACACACUUUGAUUUCUUACCUCAAAGUAAGAGAAUGUCACUUUAGUAUUUUUCAGCCUUUUUGUCAGAUAUGAAUGUUUCUAUCAAAAACUAAUGCUGCAAACAAAGUGUUUUUGACCCACCUGGGUUGUUCUGUAUUUAGUGUGUUAUACCACCCAUUGCAAACAGUUUGCGUUUCGUUAUUUAACAUCGGGGGGGAAAGUGGGCUUGUGCAUUUCUGCUUUUUGGUUGUGGCACCCUGAGGUGUGCAGACUAAAAGAGGAUGUAUUACAUUUUGUACAAGGACAAUGGGUGUUAUCCUCUGUGUCUUUCUUAAAUUAACCCUUGGCUGAUGAUUUUUUUGUUUUUUCUUCCUGCUGAGUUUGGGGGUUUCGGUCAUCUGUGUACCAUUUUAUUAGGUGUGUAUAAAGUGUGCAGCAGCUGGUUUUGCUGCAUUUUAAUUUGAAGAUGUUUUUCCCCUCGUGUGAGAGGCCUCAUCCUGCAGUUUGUUUAGAAAUGCUGGCGCCUCUUUCACAUGUCGAAGGGAGAGAAAAAAAAAAAUCAAACCCUCACAGCAAAUCCAGUUGACUUUGACUUUAUACUUCUUGAUAUUCUGUUACCUGAAUGACUGAUGAUGAAAAUGGAUUUUAUUUUGCGGCCUUUGUCCACUUGCAUGAAGGGGUGCUAAUUGCAAAAAGCAUACCAGCGGGGAAUAUAAUCAUCCUCUGCUUCCAGACCUUGUUUCAGUUACUUUGGACAUAAAUAAAACAUUUUCUAUCAAUAUUGUUUUGAGGGGGUAUCGUUAAAUUUCAGCAAAUCUGUAGCUGGUUGAGACAUAUCAAAGGACACAACAGAGGAAACACUGCUGUUUAUUGAACAUGUUUGGAUUUCUGUUAUUACAGCGCUUCGGGCAGUUUGGGGUGAGAUCUGCAUGACUCUGAAAAAGUGCUUUUGUUUCCUUCCACUUUAUCCCAAAGAAAAGCCCUCGAACUUUCACUGAAAGCUGAAGAGUUGUGAUCUUUGAUGAGUGUUUGUUUUUAUUGCUCAUACUGGGUUUGGGGGUGGGGGUGGGGUGGGGUGGGGGGGGGGGGGGGGUGCUGGGGUGGUGGUGAUGUAGAAACGUGAUGUAGGAUUUAGUUUUUAGAUUUCAGUAAGUCACAAAUUAUGAAAAAAACAAAGAAAGGGGUUUUAUUUUCAUUUUCAGUUUGUUAUUCUGUUACUGCAGAACAUUUGAAAUCCAUGGUAUAUUUUCCUAUUCAUGGGAUACCUUUCAUAACCAUUACUUAUUUAAUCAAAACUGAAAAA